AUGGCGGAGCGGCCCGGCGGGCCCGGCCGGCUGGGGCAGGGCCUGGCCCGGCUCUCCGAGUGGGCGGACGCGCACCUGGGGCUGCUGCGGGGCCUGAGCGCCGGCGCGGCCGUGGCCGCGGUGCUGCUGCUGGCGCGGAGCGUCCGCCUGACAACAAAGUUUACAAGUGCUUUGGAUAUACCUGUGGAGUUUGUAGAAAAGAAUGUGAAACUGAGAGGGAAAUUACAUCGUGUCACAGAGCAAGGCCUGGAAGUUGAGCACAUUCCCAUCAGCAUUCCUUUCAUCACAGCCAUCCAGAGAAAAUGGCAGUCGGAGGGUCUCCUGCUGAUCCGGCUGGCGGGUGUGGAGGUGGCUCCCCGUGGCACGGCCUGGCUGCAGACAGAGCUGAGCCCCCAGCAGCCCAUGUGGUUCCAGCUCCUGGGAAGGGAGGGCUCGGCCCUGGAGUGCCUCGUUUUAGUGAAUAAGGGUCGAUUUCUCAGCACGUGCUUGAACGAAGAGCUCCUGAGCCGAGGGCUGGGCAGAGCAGCCCGGAUUGAGGGGCUGCCCCACGAGUCCCGCCUGUACUGGAAACUCCACAAGAGGCUCCUUCGGGCAGAGCUGAAGGCCUUGAAGAAAAAUAAAGGCAUAUGGAAAGAGGAAAAGAAAUCUGAAAGGAUCCCAGAUCACAUCAGCAGCAAUAAAUUUGUGCAGAGGCUGAAACAGGUGGUGAGCUGGUUCAGAGGCUCCACUGAGAGGUAAAAAGGUGGAGGAACAGCAGUUCCCUGAGCUGUUUGUGAUCACAAACAGUGCCACGAUGUGGAGGGUCCCUGUCUCGAACAGAAGCCCCACAGUUAGUGGGUUGUGUAGAAUAUAUCCCACAUCAUACCCCAGGUGGGAGUCAAAUUCAGUAGCGGCGUGCAGGCCCCCAGUGGAAAGGUUCUGGUGCCAAACUCUUCCACAAUAGUGUCCUAAAUUAGUCGUCCAGGUUUCCACUUUCUAAACCCCUAGGACCUGUGUUCCCAGCAGGAAAAGCAGCCAACAGAGCAGGUUUGGGAGGUGCAGCAUCAUUUCACACCUCGGUGGUGUGUCCUUGCUGCAGGGCUCACACUGGUUAGAAACUCCAGGCCUUUACAAAGCUCGUGGGAAGUGUUUACACGGGAGCUUUUUGUUUGAAUUCUUUUCAUACGCUGUUUUUUGUAUGUAGUUUUUGUUUUAGAAAACAUUCAUCUUGAAUAAUGGGUUGCAUUGUUGCUGAUAUAAAUGGUAAUCUGUCAUGUCUGUUAAGGUUGUUACAAAGUUCCUCGGGGGGGGAAAAAAUCACUUGUUAUAUCAAAGAAUAUAAAUUAAUGUCAGGAAUCCAGAUUUUUAGAAGGCAACUUUCACCUGAAGAGAGAAAUCCUAUGGAUUUUUUUUUCUGGUGGUUCUAUAAAUAUUGAAAAUUAGAUGAAAAUAAAACUUUAACAAGAAAUUUGAAAAGGAGGACCAGAAGGUGAUGAGGACUUAAAUUCUUUUAUUUUUGGCACACGUGUUCAGUAUCUGAGUGUAUUACUAUUUAUGUUGUAAAUAUUCUCAGAAUAAAGAUUGAAUUUCUUA